AUGGCUUGCGUGGCAUUGGUGGUGGGCUAUUUUAUCAGUUAUGGUACAGUGAAGAUAUCUGGCUCGUUGUCUUGGCGCCUCCCAUUUAUCAUUAUUUCUGUGAUGGCUUUGUUUUAUCUGAUAACCAAUCUUUACUUCUUACCGGAGUCUCCGCGAUGGUUGAUUAGACAUCGGGAUAUUCGCACGGCUGAGAAAGUGUGGGACGAGCUUGAAGUCAAGCAGGAAGACCGGGAAGUCGACAGUGGUACAUCAACCUCUGAGGACCCAAUAGCAACCGCACUGCAAUCAAAUUCACCCGGACAAGAAGGUAAAAAGCCUGUCAACUUCCGUAGUCUAUGGACUCGGGACGUGCGGAAGCAGACAUUCCUGGCAGUGUUUUUGAUGGGUUUCCUCCAGCUUUGUGGUAUCGAUGCUGUCCUAUAUUAUGCUCCGUUACUAUUUCAGCAGGCUGGUUUAGAAUCCCAAGAAGCAUCAUUCUUGGCAUCUGGUGUUUCUGCCAUUUUGAUAGUCGUGACUAGUAUUCCUGCAACUCUGCUAGCCGACAAAUGGGGUCGUCGCACCAGCACACUGGUAGGCGGAGUUGGCUUGACAGUGCUCAUGAUAUUGAUCGGCAGUCUUUAUGCUGGCCAUGCGGUUUUCUCUACGCAAGGCGCUGGUCGUUGGGUGGUGAUUGUAUCCAUCUAUCUCUAUUGCAUGGUGCAGGCCACGACCUGGGGCAUUAGUAUCAAGGUGUGGGCUCCGGAGAUCCAGCCCCAGCAUACACGCGCCCAGGCAACCAGUCUCGCAUAUGGCGCAAAUUGGGUCUGCAACUUUUUCGUCGCUUUUGUGUGCCCGAUUCUGCUGGAUAAAAGUGUGCCAAGUGCCUACUUUUUGUUUGGUGGCUGCACUGCGGUUGCAACGAUUGUCAGUUUCUUCUAUAUGGUGGAAACUAAAGGGAAAUCUUUGGCUGAGAUUGAGAGGGCGUUUAAGGCGCGAAUUCCAGUGGCGAGAACGGCUAUUCCUAUGGCAAGACUGGUGCAUCCGCACCAUGAAACCAAGGCCGCAUGA